GGCCCCACCUGUUGACAAUAAAGUCCACCUUCCCCAAAUCUGGUCUCCUCAUUACCCUGCUAACACGGGCCUGCCACCGAAUGGAACUCAAUAUUCCAUAUUAUAUACUCAUGAAAAACCCCAACAAUAGAAAAGACUCGGAUAAGGAUGCAGCCCCUGAAACCGACACAUGCCCGGCUCAAGUACAGACCUUUGUUCCAUGGAGCCCAAAACCGCCAUAUUAAUACCCAUUUUUGUGCCAUCCAAAUCUAAGCUUUCAAGCUCCAAUGGAUUCUCAUUCUCAAUCGUGUUUUUCCUGCGAUUCAGAUUGUUGUGCAGCAGAUUCAACCAUUUCUUCUCUUCCAGAACCAAAUGCUGGUCCACUCUAUCGAAUGGGCUCUCUCCUUUCCAGCCUUCCCAACAAGAGAGGUUUGUCGCGGUUUUAUGCUGGAAAAUCGCAGACUUUCUCAUGUUUAGCAGAUGUGAAAUGCGUGGAGCAGUUAGCUAAGCCUGUGAAGAAUCGUGCCAUGAGGAAAAGCUCGAGCACUGCUACAGCUGUGGAAUGAGGCUUAAAGAUCAUUCAUUCAUACGAGUUGUGAAGAUCAUCAUCGGCUUUAGUGUAGCUCCAAGAGAUGGUAGAGGGCUUCUGAAAUGAUGUUGGGUAGGAAGGCAAUCAGUUCUUUCAUGGCUUCCAAACCACUGGUUUAAGUCUCAAGGCUUAUUGCCAACACAUACGGUAGGCACCUGGUAGGGUUUUGUUGUAUAAAAUACAUAAUGUGGGUUGUUUUGAAAUCUUUAAAGCUGCUGUUUUUUGUUCUCCUGGUUUUGUUUGAGAGCAUGGAGCCAAAGUAAUUGCAUUUGGUGUUCCAUUGAUUA